AUGGGUGGUGUUGCUAUGUACAACGUUUUUGGCCGCCAGGUGGGCGCGCACUGGCUGUCCAUUGCCACGCUCAGUGCCACCGCAGCCAUUCCGUUCCUCAUGGGCGGCGGCAAGAAGGACGGCGCAAAGAAAACACCUCCCAUCAACGCCUCCAGCAAAGACGAAGAGAGCUUCAUCCAGGAAUUCCUACAACAGAUCGAGCAAGAAGACAAGGCCAACAAGAUAUCCGGCAAGGAGGCACACUAG